UGAUAUCACUGCUCUCUGGUGAAUAUCUUAUCGCUUGGUGCCUCUUAUCGGCGCAAUAAUCGCAUUUCACCGAUCGCGACUCCGUCUGUGUGGGCGAUUUGUGUGAACCUUGACCACCUCGGUAGCAUUUCCCAUCAUUUUCACCCAAACAAUCUCCACACCGCGCUGUUUAAAUGCGUAUCUUGCUUUCGUGAUAACAAUUCCCCGUAAAAGAGUGCAAAGGUGUUGGCUUUAGCUGUGUGUUGGAAUCUUUCAUUAUAAGAAGCCUAAUAAGGUCUUGGCUCAAGUUUAGAGAUUCUUAAAAGUCUUAUAAAAAAUUCUUAAUGAAGAAGUUUGAAUUAUUAAUUUAAAAUUUAACUGAUCUUAACGAAAUUCAAAUAUUCUUUGAGGUUUCUACUCGUAAAGAAAAUCCAGUUUAAGGUGAAAGGUUUAAGCUUCUUAGUUUUUUUUUUAAUAAUUUACUUAAUUUAGAAUAAAAUACAUCCUAAUUUUUGUGAAGAUCUGCGAGCUCUUUAGCAAUUUUGUAAGUUCAUUGAAUGUUCCUUUAAUUUUUGAUUUUUUAUAGUAAGAAGAGUUUCCGAUUAUAUACCGCCAAACAUUAUUUUUAUAAGAAAACCCGAAAAAAUCUUUACCAGAAUUUAAAUAUUUAUUUAAACUGGGUUUCAGGUCAAAGGUCCAAACGAUUUUUAUUAGGUAGUUCUUUUCUCAAUCUCUGUUCUUCAAUUUCCUUUAAUAUAAGACCUAACUAACGUUUUUAUUAAAAUACUCCUUAACUGCAUUUUAUUGCAAAGACUUAAAAAUCUUAUGAGAAUCAUACUACGUAUGUAUUUUAAUUCCAGUUUUAAUUAUUACUAUACUUAAUAUUUUUUUCACUAAAAAUAUUACGAAUUAAAUGAGCUUUAAGAGUGAAAUAAAAUAAAAUAUACACCUGGAAUAAAUAAAAAAAAAUCUUCUGCUUAUAAGUAUCUACGUACGAACUUCUUAUCAGAAUGUUUCUUAAGCAGUUGGCAAACUUUUUAGUUAAUUUCUCUUAUUCUUUUAAUAAUUAGCUUUUAAAGUAAAACAAAAGAAAAUACAUCUGGAUUCUGGAAUGUAAUUUAAAAAAAAUCAAUAACUAAAUUAUUUACGUACCUACAAACUUUUUAUUCGAAAGUCUCCAUGUAAGUUGUCUUACUUUUUUAUCUAGUUUUUUUUUUUCAAUUUUAUAAUUAGCUUCGCCAUCUGAUAAAGACGUCUUAUAAAAUAAAAUUUUCUCCCGUAAGGUGACAAUUUUUCAUAAGGUACAUUAACGUAUUUUACGGGUCAUUAAAAAAUUAAUGGACUGAUUUAGGAAGUAUAGCAAUGAUAUCACUGGUAAUUACAAAAAGUUCGCAUUAAAUAAGUAAAACCUACGUUGAAGACUCAUUAAGUGAUUUUCUUUUAGUUUCACGGACAAGAAAAGUUAAUCAUAUAAAUAAUUGUUGCGUUAAUGUUAACGUCAGUGAAAAGAACAAAUAGAAAGAAUUGAAUUUAAUGAUUUUGGUCUUAUUCUUAAACAUUAUUGGAACGUUUUGACCUACAUAAUUUGCUAAAUAAUUAAAAGUAUGUAUAAUACAAAGCUCGUUAAGAACUUUUUUUUUAAUAAGAAGUCUACGGAAUUAAAAAUUUUUUUUAAAGGUUUUAAAGUCUUUUACGAUCUUAGAUAAAUUCUUAAAUUUUUAAAUAUUCUGUAUAUUUUUUAACCGGAUGGAGAAAAUUAUGAUUUUUUCUUUAGGUUUUAAAAUUAAUUAAUUUUUUUCUUUCAUAAUUUAAAAUUAACGUUAGAUCCCAAGAUUUUUUAUUUAUUAUUCUAUUUUUGGAUUUUAGGAAUAAGAUGUAAAUAAGAUUUUAAUUUGGGGGCUUCAAAAAUAAUAAAGAUCAGCAGUCUUACAUGCUAAUACUUUAAGGGAAUGAAAACGGGUUAAGGGGACUUUUCCUAAACUGAUUCUUUUCUCAUUUUUUGCAUAUCGAAAUAACUAAUUUUAAGCUUAAAAUCUACUAUUUAGCUACUAGUUAAAUAUGUUUUAAAUUAUUUAGAAAAUUAAUAAUUUCAAAAGCAAACAAAUUAAAGUUUAAUUUUCAACACAAAGCCAUUCGGAAGAUCAACCAAACAUGACUAAAAACCUUAAACUUUACAUUCACAGAGUUCAAUAAUAAAUAUCUCUAAAACUAUUAAUUUGAAGUUUUCAAGAGACUUUUGCACUCUAAAGAAACAAAAAAUCCAACUCCAUAUAGAGCUAAAGCACGAGCCGAGCAACAAAAAGGCGUAUGCAGGAAUUAUACGGAGACAAAUCCCAGUUCAUUGUGAAUAAAUUAAGGUUAAAAACUAGACCGUCAUUUAGUUCUUAGAGAGAUUUCCUAGUAGUGGUGUGUUUUAGUGAGCAAAAAAAAGCUCAAGUGUGUUCGUAAGCACAAAACGACUUGUCGUAAAGGAAGGUGGUGAUUGUGAAGUAGCAGAAGUAAGAAAAAAAAAGAAACAUUUUAAGAGUUCUGACGACGAUUAUAAAAUAAUAAAAGUGGUCCACAGAAUAUUAGAGUCUUUCACUUGUGGCAAGUUUGCGCGAUAAGACAAGAAACUGAGAUUAGUGGGAGAUUAAUCCAGUUGAUUUACGAGAGAUAAAUUCUGUGCGCGAAGUUUUGUUUGGAGAAGUCAGUGAAAUUUUGUAGUUGUUGUUGUCUGUCACUUGUGAAGCCAAAGUGAGUUGGAUGGAUUCAUUCGGAGGUAUUUGGCCAUCGCCACCGCGAGGCCUCGACGGUGUCUCCAACGAUGGCUUACCUAUGGAGACCCUCACUGAGCUUCAGGAUGGCAAUUUUGAGCCACAGACCAGGGCCAGAUCCAAUACAUGGCCCCUACCACGACCCGAUAACAUCGUUGAACCCAGCGAUGAUGCUGAGAGCAAUAAAUGCAGCAAUCAGCAACUAUCUGCAGCAGCUGGUCAACAAAUCACAUCCCCGAAUGUGGCAUCGUCGAAGAAAAAUUCAUCGCGACGAAAUGCUUGGGGAAACCUCUCGUACGCCGACCUAAUUACCCAGGCCAUCAGUUCGGCGUCCGAUAAUCGGCUCACACUGAGCCAGAUCUACGAGUGGAUGGUGCAGAAUGUUCCGUACUUUAAGGACAAGGGCGACUCAAACAGCAGUGCAGGAUGGAAGAAUUCAAUUCGGCACAACUUGUCACUCCACAAUCGAUUUAUGCGUGUCCAGAACGAAGGCACCGGUAAAUCAUCGUGGUGGAUGCUGAAUCCGGACGCAAAACCGGGGAAGUCGGUGCGACGGCGGGCCGCCUCUAUGGAGACAUCCAAGUUCGAGAAGCGCCGAGGGAGGGCGAAGAAGAGGGUGGAAGCUUUAAGGAAUGCACAAGCUCUAGGGGUUGCGGCAGUGCUCAAUGAUGCCACACCGUCGCCAAGUAGUAGUGUCAGUGAGGGUUUGGAUCUCUUUCCCGAUAGUCCCCUGCAUAGCGGAGGUUUCCAAUUGUCUCCUGAUUUCCGGCAACGUGCCUCAUCGAAUGCAAGCUCGUGCGGGCGGUUGAGUCCAAUCCCGGCUGUGCUGGGUAUUGAGCCGGAUUGGGGAUACCCACAGGAUGACUUUGUCCCAACCACAACAGCCAGCACAACUGCUGCUACCACAACGGCUCAGGGCUCGGCGCAGCUGGAUCAGUUGGCUGGUUCUCUGGCCGAUGAUCUCACGCUGCAGUCAGAAUUUAUGCAAGGGUUCAAUACAGCGACCACGCAGCUCCACAAUCAACCUCCACCACCGUACCAGGCUACCCAGUCCUAUGCCCUGCACGCUACAGUCGCUCAAACGUAUGCAAUGCACCAGAAUCAGUGUCCCAUUCACAGGAUGCAGCCAUGUUCGUGUAUGCACCAUAACAAUACGAGAGAGAGCAUGUCACCAGCUUCGGGAACGGGGAUGUCACCUUCGUAUCCACACAGUGAACCCUCACCAGAUCCAAUGGGCAGCUACAACUCUGUAAUUAUUGGAUCGAGAUUAGCACCUAGGCCAUCAUCGAGUAGUCCACCACUUACACCUCAGACAGUUCCCAUCAACAACGGUGAUGCUCCAUCGACGCUCAUGGGUCAAUUUAUGGAGGCGCUCAACAAUCAGGCCAUCAUUGAUGAUUUAGGACUAAAUAUAGAUAGUUUUCACGGAGGUCUGCCAAAUGUUGACGAAGUUAUCAAGCAUGAGCUUAGCAUGGACGGCUCACUGGACUUCAACUUCCCCAUUUCACACCACAAUAUGACCACGUCGCACUCAUCGAGCGUCUCGACGGUCACGGAUAGUAGCAUCGUCAACACACUGUCCGGCCCAUCGCCGCAGACGGCAGCAGCACACGCCCCCGUUCAAUAUUCCACGAGGACGAGCGUGACCCCGCCGUCGUGGGUGCACUAGGCCGAGGCGAAUCACCAUUGCCCAUGGGGCACCAGACGUGCAAUCUUCAACGUGCGUUGGAGGGAACGCCAGAAUUAGCUCCAAGAGAAAUUCAACAAAUUGAUCUUCAUAAUGCCGUAAAGGAUAAUGGAGAGAGAAAAUUAUGUUCUUGCUGCCCUUUCAGCAUAAGGUGGCACAUAUAUAGUUACAUAUUUCUCUCAAUAUAUCCCCAAACACACACACAUGAGAAACAAUCAAUCAACCAAUCAAUCAUGCAAUCAGACGGAAAUGAGCAGAGCUCAAAUUACAACCGGGAUGUAACUCAAUUUUGUACGCGGCACUGGGUCGGCUAUAGAGGAGGGAUGCUGUUAAAUGGUAGCUGUGAAGCCCUACGUAAAAUGCAACACAGAUCUCAGGAGAACUUUAUGUUAUAUAAAGCACUUGGAAUGAAAAAAAAAUGCACAAAAGAAUAUCCCAAAUACUGGUAAAAAUGAAGCACUAAAUGUUGCUUAGUUUGGGGCUAUGAGGAACAUUUAUGUUGAUUAUUAACUUUGACAAUGGAUUUUGAAGGAAAAUCUAAUUUUACUGCAAAUUUUAAAGCUCAAUUUUUAUUUAAAGAACAAAUGAUUUUAUUGGAAAAUUAUUUUUCUUAAGAUUUUAAUUUUUAAAAUUAUAAUUUUUCAUCAAAUAAAUUUCUUUCAAAGGACCUUCUGUAGCUUUCUUAUUAUGCCUACAACAGUUAGUAUUGCAUUUUUACCAGUAUAAAUUGCCCUCAAGCGUGCUCAUGAUGGCACAGGGUGUGCCAUAUGAGCCACUCCGUUCUUUAAAGACUUCAGUCAAUAAUUUUUUCUCGCAUAGUUUUAUUCGCAAUAUAUUUGUUAAAUAUUUCAAACAAAAAUAAUUCGCAGUGUAAAUAGAAUUUAAUCAACAAAAAAUAUUAAUUACAGGACUUUUAAGGUUCUGUUUUUGAUUUUUUUCCCUUCUAUAUCUUUAUUACAUUUUAUGUGCCAUUUUUGAAUGAUUCUCGAGCAGCUUUUGUGGUGAAUGUGUGGAUCCUGGAAGUCACAGUUGAGGAAAUCUUUUUUUAAUAAAAGAAGAAAAUUGAAAAACUCACGUGAAGACCAACAAUUAUAUACAAAAUAUUAGUGCCAUUUUUGCAAUAAUAGCAAUGAGGAGUUUUUAAUAAAAGAAAGAAAUAAAUUUAAAAAAAAACUCUCACUCAAUAAGAAAAAUCUUCUAUGUCGCCUGUUUAAAUGUAAAAAAAAACUAAUAUGAUAAAAUAUUGAAAAAAAUAAAUAAAUGUGAGCAGCAAAAUUAAAAAUUAUUAAAUGAAAUUGCAAAAAUUAAAAAAAAGUUUUAAGAAAAAAAUAACGAUUUCUUUCGGUCUGAAAUGAGAGCGUUGGAGUCAGUAAUUAAUUGUAAAAUGGAUUUUAAAAAAAGGAAGAUAAAUGCUUAUUGUGAGAAAGAGAAAAAAAUGCAUUAGAAAUUUUUAAUAAAUGUCGGCUUUAAACCAUAUUGCAAAUUGAAUUUCCGAUUUUAUCUCCCUUCAUCGUAAAAAUGAAAGCAUAAAAUUUAUAAUUGUUAAGGUGCGUAUCAAGUACAAUUAGACAAAUAUUAAUUAUUUUCUAUAAAUAUCGUAAGAAGUUAGUUAAUGGUUGGAGGGUCUCUACAAUUUUUUUUCAGUUUAAAAAACAUUUUCUUUUCCCUUUUUUUGUUUUUGAAAUGUCAGCCAAAUUUAUUUUUGUGAUUUGGGUUAAACCUAUGGUGAGACAUUUUCUUGCAGAAUCUCUGUAUUUUUUUUUGUUUGUUUAAUUUGUAAAAAGAAAAUUUUUGUUGAUAUGUUUUUUUUUCUUAGAGCGGGGAAAAUCAAUUUUAAAAUCACAGAUUUUAAUGAGAAAGAAAUUCUAUCAAUUACAAAGGCCAAUUAAUAAAAUAAAAUAAUAAUUAGAUAAUAAUGUUAGUGAAUCUUGAUAAUGGAAGGAACUCUAAAAGCUUUGUACAUAUACGUUAAUAAGGGUAGGUCGUAGUGUAUUAUUUUUAAGGAAAUUUUAAUUAAGGAAAACUGUGUAAUAAUUCGAUUUUCUUUUGAAGAAAAUUAUGUGUACUCAAUAUGAAUGAUUUCUUAAAGAGAAUCCUUUGAAGUGGUUUUAUGGUUUGUUUUUCCUUCAUUUUCUAAUUCUUUUUUUUUAAUAAUAUUUCCACCAAACAAAACACAAUAAGCUCUGAAAAUUGAUUUAAAAAAUAUGGCUUGGAUACAUUUUGAUUGAUAAAUAGAAAAAGUCUUAAGAAAAAAAUAUGAAAAUUGAAAAAAAUCAAACCAUAAAUCACUUCAAAAGCUUGUAAAUAAUUUUUAGCGUAAUAUUUCUUGUUUUUUCUUCUUCACCAGAAAGGUCUUCAAAAUUAUAUAAAUUAAGUAUUUUUAAAAAUUCUAAAUUCUAUUUUGGUUUUAUUUGGCUUAUUUUUAAUUUUUUUGGCUUAUGAUGAUUUUUGGCAAGAAAAAAAUUAACCAUAGAAACAAUAAUAAAAAAAUGUGUUUUAAAUAUAAGAAUAGAAGGAGGAAAAAAAAUGAGGAAAAAACGUUGAAAAACGACAAAGAAAAAUCAUAGUGCGUAGCAUGUAAUAAAUGUAUGUUCAAUAUUAAGUGUGAUAAUAUGCACCAAUAGGGUUUACUAGGCCUAAAAAGUGAAAAAAAUAUUGCUAUGGUUAGUCGAGGUGAAAAUGUUCAUAAAUAAUUUUUUAUUUAGUUCUUACAAAUCAUUUAGUAAGUGAAAAUGCAAAUUUUGUAGUUAAAAAAACGCCGGAAUUAAUUUAAAUCCUAUGGAAAAACGUGGACAAAGCACAAAGAAAUCAAAUAAUGUGAUUUCUAAGCUAAGUUUAUAGUGCGAUUGGUGGAAAAAAAAGCCCAAGAAAAUCUGAGCAAAAGGCAACAAAAAAAUAUUUAUUGAAAAAAACGCUGUCUUAAGUGAUGAGAGUUCAAAAACAUAAAUAGCAAAUUAUGUUCACAAUUGCGAUAAUGAAAGAAAAAAAUUAACGAGCGAAGCUAUGAAUAUUUCAUAGAGUUUUCGUUCUAAUUUCUAAUUUUCAUUUUGAGUGCUAAAUAAAAGAAGAUUUAUUUAAUAUAUUCGUAACUAUUGAAUCACCUAUUGAAGAUAUGCAACUAUAUGUAACGGAUGUUAGAUAAAAUAAUAAUGUAUAAAAUAUAUAUUAGUGAAAAGUUUAAUGAAAAA